AUGGCUCUUUUCGAAUUCUUCGAGUUGCUGGUACUGUCUCUUCUCACCCUAGCAGCCACAGCACACCCUGGGAGCAACAAGAGAUGCAAGUUCAUUCCGGGGGACGCUGGAUGGCCCAGCCGGAAGGAUUGGCAGCAGCUCAACAGGACGGUGCACGGGCGGUUGAUAGCGACGGCCCCUCUGGGUCAGGUCUGUCAUAACAAGGGCCACUUCGCGGCCUAUAACGAAGCAGCUUGCGAAGAGUUGAGGACGGACAUCACACAGUCUGGUCCGCAGAUAUUAGAAGCCGAGCCCGGCGACAUCUUGAAUCCCUACUACCAGAGUUUGACCUGCUCACCAUUCGCGCCUGCUGACGAUGCGUGCGAGCUCGGUGAGCGCGCUGUGCAUUCCAUCGACGUGAGAAAGGCCGAGGACGUUCAGGCGGGCUUCGAAUUCGCCCGGAGGAAGAAGGUUCGCGUAGUCGUCAAGAAUACCGGCAUUGACUAUAUGGGGAAAUCAACUGGCCAGGGUUCGCUCGCCCUAUGGACAUGGAACCUCAAGACGAUUGAGAUCAUCCCUAGCUACAACAGCAUCUCUUACUCGGGGCCAGCCAUCAAGCUGGGCCCGGGAGUCAUUGCAGGCGAGGCAUAUGCCGCUGCAGCUGCCGCGGGCUACCGCUUCGUGGGUCCGGAAUGCGGCCUCGUGGGCGUGGCGGGCGGGUACGCCCAAGGCGGUGGCCACUCCCAACUCAGCACGGCAUACGGACUCGCUGCGGACCAGGUCCUCGAAUGGGAAGUUGUUACAGCCAAGGGUGAACAUGUCGUCGCCACGCCCCAGAACAACACUGACUUGUACUGGGCACUGAGCGGAGGCGGUGGCGGGACCUAUGGAGUGGUCCUCAGCAUGACAGCCAAGGCAUACCGUGAGGGCCGAGUUGCUGGUGGUCUGCUGGUCUUCUCGAACACCAACGAGACAGCCUACUGGCAAGCGCUCGAGAUUUGGUUCCACCAGACGCCCUCCCUUGUCCAAGGCACGAAAAACAACGUCCAGUUUGCCUUCACCAAGGACAUGUUCCUAGGCUUCAGCCUGACGUUGCCGGACCAGAACACCUCAGCCAUAGACACUCUGCUCGCCCGAUUCCUGAAAGACCUCACCCGCCUCAACAUCACCUACCAGACUUCCACCUUCGAGUCCAGCAGCUACGCGGAGCACUACGUAACCUCUUACGGGCCACUGCCGUACGGAAACACAUGCCCCACCUACGUGAGCCUCGCCAGCCGCCUCAUCCCGCGGGCCGUCGUGCGCAACCAAAAAGACAACGCCAAGCUCCUGCAGGUGUACGAGUCCAUCGUCGCCGACGCCAACUUUACCGUCGGGUGCUCCGUCCUCGACGUGGCCAACGUGCCGCCCCACCCCCCGAACGCGGUGCUCCCCGCCUGGCGCGACGCCAUCGCGUACUGCAACCCGCAGCACGCGUGGGACUGGGCCGACCCCGCGAGCAGCGCCGCGGCCAAGGAGCGGCUCGUGGGCCGGCACCUGCCAGCCCUCGAAGCCGCGACGCGCGGGUCGGGCGUCUACCUGAACGAGAUGGACCCGCUGUACCGGGGCGACUGGAAGGCCUCCAUGUACGGCGCCAACUACGACCGUCUGCUGUCCAUCAAGCGUGCCAAUGACCCGGCGCGGCUGAUGUAUGCGCGCUUUGCCGUGGGGUCGGACGACUUCGCGUUCGAUGAGGAUGGGAGGCUCUGCAGUGUCUAG